GGCGGCGGCGGAGGCGGCGGCCGCCCUUGCGCUUCCUGCCCAGCCGGGGCUCAAGGGCGGCGGGAGGGGGCUCCGCAGCCCCGCCGCUCGCCCGCCCGCCCGCCCGCCUCCGGCCCGGCGCCGGAGCAGCAGCGCCUGCAUUGCAGAAGCCGCCCGCCCGGUCCUGCCCUCUGCCUGCCAGCCAGCCAGCAGAGCGGCCGCAGCCUCCGCCAGCCCGGAGGGAUGCCGGCGCUGCGCUUCCCCGGCGCAGAUUUCUCAGGAGACGUAACUUACUCUCACGGCUUACUGUGAAGAUAAAAAUGAACUAGCAUCUUCACCAUCUGACGCACGCUGGCGAAACUUGACUUCAAGUCUGCUGAAAAUGGAUGUCUUGUAACCUUCCUCCUUCUGCUGCCCAGUUAGCAGCUGCCCUACAUGCUCCCAUGACUCUUGAUAUGGAUGCUGUCCUCUCAGACUUCGUUCAGUCCACGGGGGCAGAGCCUGGUCUAGCCAGAGACUUGUUGGAAGGCAAAAACUGGGAUUUCACUGCUGCUUUGAGUGACUAUGAACAGCUCAGGCAGGUGCAUACAGCUAACCUGCCCCACGUGUUCAACGAAGGGAGAUAUCCCAAACAACAGCCGCAGCAAAAGCCAGAGAAAGAACCUUCCCAACAGGUGAACAAGAGUGAGCGGCUCUCCUUUCCUAGGCAGGAGGACAUCUCCCAAGAGAAGAGGCUUUCUAGGGGAAUCUCCCACGCCAGCUCCGCCAUCGUCUCUCUCGCCCGCUCUCACGUGGCCACCGAAUGUAACAAUGACCACUUCUCUCUGGAGAUGCCCAUCUACACCUUUCAACUUCCCGACCUCAGCGUUUACAGUGAAGAUUUCAGGAGCUUCAUCGAGAGGGACUUGAUCGAACAAGCCACCAUGGUUGCUUUGGAACAAGCUGGUCGGCUCAACUGGUGGUCAACGGCAUGUACCAGCUGCAAGCGUCUUCUUCCAUUGGCCACAACCGGGGAUGGGAACUGCCUCUUGCACGCUGCUUCUUUGGGGAUGUGGGGGUUCCACGACCGAGACCUCGUCUUACGGAAAGCCCUUUACACCAUGAUGAGGAGUGGGGCCGAAAGGGAAGCUUUGAAGAGAAGGUGGAGGUGGCAGCAGACCCAGCAAAAUAAAGAGUCAGGACUGGUUUAUACGGAAGAAGAAUGGGAGCGGGAGUGGAACGAACUUCUCAAGUUGGCAUCCAGUGAACCUCGCACUCACAUCAGCAAAAAUGGAGGCAGCGGCGGUGGAGUGGAGAAUUCUGAAGACCCCGUCUACGAGAGCCUAGAGGAGUUCCACGUUUUUGUGUUGGCCCAUGUUUUAAGGCGACCGAUUGUCGUUGUGGCAGAUACAAUGCUACGGGAUUCAGGAGGAGAAGCAUUUGCACCCAUCCCCUUCGGUGGAGUUUACUUGCCCUUGGAAGUCAUGUCCAACCGAUGCCAUUGCUCUCCCCUGGUCCUCGCUUAUGACCAAGCCCAUUUCUCGGCCCUCGUAUCAAUGGAACAGAAAGAUCAACAGAAGGAGCAAGCGGUGAUCCCCCUGACCGAUUCUGAGCAUAAAUUACUGCCUUUGCACUUCGCGGUUGAUCCAGGCAAAGACUGGGAAUGGGGCACCGACGACAGCGAUAACAUCAAAUUGGCCAAUUUGAUUCUGUCUCUGGAGGCCAAGCUUAACCUUCUGCACAGUUACAUGAAUGUAACCUGGAUUCGCAUGCCGUCAGAAACACGGGCUCCGUUGGCUCAACCGGAAUCUCCUACUGCCUCAGCUGGAGAAGAUGUCCAGUCGUUGGCAGACUCCAUGGAUUCAGACAGGGAUUCCAUCUGUAGUAAUUCCAACAGCAAUAACGGCAAAAACGGGAAAGAGAAAGAGAAGCAGAGGAAAGACAAGGAGAAGAACCGAGGGGAUUCGGUGGCUAACAAACUUGGAAGUCUCAGCAAGACUCUGGGCAUCAAGCUGAAGAAGAACAUGGGUGGUCUUGGUGGGUUGGUCCAUGGAAAGAUCAACCGAGCCAACGCCGGGAACGGCAAAAACGGGGAGAUCACAGAGAAGCCUAAAGAGAAGAAGUCCAAAUCGCGUAAAGGAAGCAAAGAGGAAUCGGGCCGCUCUGCGAGCACGUCCCCCUCGGAGAAGACCACCCCAUCGCCCACGGAGAAGGCGAGUAUCUCCCCCGCAGAAAAGGCCAACUCGAAAUCUCCGUCCGAGAAGCAGCCGGACUCCUGGAAAUACAGCACGGACGUGAAGCUGAGCCUCAACAUCUUGAGAGCCGCCAUGCAAGGAGAGCGGAAGUUCAUUUUUGCCGGCCUUCUCCUGACCAGCCAUAGACACCAGUUCCACGAGGAGAUGAUUGGCUACUACUUGACCAGUGCCCAAGAGCGCUUCAGUGCUGAACAGGAGCAGAAGAGGAAAGAGGCGGAGAAGAAGGCCGCGGCUCUCGGCGGCUCCUCUUCUCGGAAAUUGGACCAAGAAGGGUUUUCCAAGGAGAAGCUGGACUCAUCUCCUCAGGGGAGGGCAUCACCAGUGUUGUCUCAAAGCCAUACCACUCAGCUGGUUUUAAAGUUCAAGGACCGUUCUGCUCCCCCAGCGGCUUCCUUCUCGUCCCCUAGCAACAGCGCCAAGAAGAGUGGUCCCAUCCCAGUAUCUGCCCAUUAUAGCCAUACGCCCCCCGUUCAAAGGCAGAGCGUCAUCCACUUGCACGACUUCAACGCCAAGCCAUCCAGCUCCCAAGACGACGCCUACAAGCCCGUGGUGGGCACCCUUAAAACGUGCGCCACCUAUCCUCAGCAGAACCGCUCCUUGUCCUCGCAGAGUUAUAGUCCAGCCCGGAUAGCCGACAUCCGUACGGUCAACACGGUGGAAUCCUUGGCCUACACUCUGCCCACGGACCCCAAGUCACAAACGUACACCAAUGGGUUUAAUAAUAGCAACGACAUUAGAGACAGCUUAGAGUACGUGGACGAAGAAGCUCCACAAACCUGGUUGAACAAUGAGAAAAACAGAAGCCGGACCACGGUUUGCCCCCUGUACGCCAUCCAGCAGAACCGUUGCAAGACGGAGAAUUGCUCCUUUUACGGCCGCCCCGAAACCAAGAACUUCUGCUCCUGCUGCUACAAGGAGGAACUCAAACGUAGGGAGCGGGAGAGUAAAAGGUCCCGACAUUGAAGACAUGGAGCUCUUCGAAUAAAUAUUUAUUUCAUUCUUUUUCUUACUUAGGACAUACUGUUAUGGGGUAAGGGACUGAAAGAGGAAAGAACGGGGGGGUGUUUCUAGAAAGCGCUAGCUUUUCAAAUUUUUCUUUUUUUUUGCAGGGGUAGUGGGCAGGAAAACAAAAACAAAACAAAACAAAAAAAAGAAAGCGAGGAUCUGUGGUUGAUCAAGAGUUGGUGGCUUCCCAUUUAACUGGUGUCUUUUUUACAUACGCUGGUAAUCGGAAAGGGUCUUUUCUUCUCUGUCAGUGCUGUAUCCGCAUGGUCAAAACUUUACUAAUGGUGCCUGAAUUCACACUGACAUCACUCAGGUAGUAGAAAGGUUAGGGAAAAAGUCAUAAAAAUAGAAGACGUGGUGUGGUAAGUGUUCAAAUGUGUCUGCCUCAUUCUGUAGAUCAGAGGUGGGGAACUCUGGCCCUUUUGGGAGUGUGUGGAGUGGCUCAGGAAUUCUGGGAGCUGAAGUCCACACGUCGACAAGCUGAAUUCUGGGAAUUGAAGCCCACAAGUUACAGAAGUCCCAGAGUUCCCCACUCCUGUUGUGGAUCACCUCCACAGAAGAAAUGUCAUGUUCCGUCGCUCUUCUUCCUUUGCUGUUUUUUUUUAAGGGAAGCGAGCAUCGUAAAGGUGUAUUUAGUGCAUAUUAACUCACUAACAUCCUUGCUAUAAACUGUGGUUUUUUUAUAACUCCAUUUUUUCCAUAGACCCACCAAGGAAAGCAGUGGGUCCAAGACAGCAUCUUUUAUCACCCAACAGAAACAUCUUCAUUCACUCAUUCCUAUAAGUGAGCUCUGGUUUUGGGUUACACCAAUUGGUCAAGAUGGACAGGCCUAUCCUUCAAUUGCACAACCUUGCCGGCUGAUAUUAAAAUUAAGGCUCGACUCCUAUAUUAAAAAUGAGCACUUUGCAGGUUGGGGUCAGGGUAGUGCAGCCUGUCAUCCUGCAUAUGGUCAGCUUGUCAUCCUGCACUGCAGGCUAUACCAUUCCCUUAGUUUAGGAAUACUGUUAUUGCCACGUUAUUUAGUUACAUUUUUCCCGGAUGUUGGCUCGUUCCAAACUUUCUGUAGCCUGUAUCCUAGAUCCUUCCCGUUCCAGAGAAGAAGGCAAAAAUGGUCUGUAUUCAUUUGCACUGAUGUUAAAUUAUGGACACCUAUUUUUGAAAAGCAAGCUAUGGGUUUUUUUCUACACGUUCUUAAAUGUGGCCCUUCGAAGUUUGAAUUCAGAAAAAGGACGAGCAACUGGAUUUAUUUCAGCAAUUAUUUUAAAAGCUCCAUUGAAUCAAGACUGUGGAUUACUGAACCAGCCGGAUACCUUUUCUAGAGGUAUUGGAUUGUUUUGUCACAGGUCUCGUGUUGCAUGCGAGAUCUGUGUCACUUGAGACUUUCAAGAAGAGAUUGGACUGCCAUUUGUCAGAAAUGGUGUAGGGUCUCCCGCUUGGGCAGGCGGUAGGACUAGAUGACCUAUAAGGUCCCUUCCAACUCUGAUUAUCAGUUAUCUGUUAAAUGGGACAACCCUGAUUAUUUAUUUUACGAAUGGAUAGCUUUCUGCAGCCAGCAACCAUUAGAUAGUAAAAUCCGUCAAAAAUAUAAAUCAGAGUUAAAAUCAGCCAUAAAAUUUAGCAAAGGACAAUAAAGGGAAAUGUCAUUUACAGCAAAACAAUGGCAGGUGUCUUUCUUGCUGCCAAUCCAACUUCUCGAGAACAUCUUCCAAGCUGCCUGUAUACCCUUGUCCAGAUUGGUCUUGCAAAGAAACAAGAGAAAUUUUGCAAGUGGAUUCCAAAUUGAUAUAAUAUCUGAACCUUUAGCCCUUGUCAACAUCUUGGUCAGUGGUCAUCCGCAUCAUCUGAAGAUGCUAAGCCUUCUUCUGAAGUCAUCUCUAGUCGUCUUGGAAUAGGCAGAGUGUGAAUAAGGGAAGAACAUUUUAUAAUGUCCCUUCAUAGCUGAUGAAAUAGUCAAAACAGACAGAGAAGCAAUCUUAGUUUCCACACCAAUCUUUCCUUCCUUGGAUAAUAUUUCUUGAGUUUGGGUAGAACUCCCCAGCUGUAUGCAUGAUCUUUCAGAAAAAGCCAUGGUACCUCCAUCACUUCUGAUUUAGGUUAGAUUUAAUCAUAUAUUUAGUAAGAUCUGAGGGAAAAGUGGCAGGAACCACUUUUAUCUUUCUUCUCCCUACUUUUCAAAGCCAAUGGUUUGUUAUAAAAACCACGAUGCAAUCCAUUAUUGGAUUCCUCCCUAUUCUGUUGUGUUUUUGUCUUGUAAUCAUCUUCAUUGGCAGACCUUGUUAGGGCAUAAGAAUGGGUUACAUUCUUAUACAGAGCAAUAUAACCUAACUCUUAGGAUAAUUUUUGUCUACAUCUAUCCUAAGUUGCAUCUCAACCUGUACAUCCUCACCCAUUCUGUUCCUUUGGUUCCAUUCCAUUCAUAAAAAGAGAAGGGAAAUCAUUUGUCCCCAGCUUGAAAGCACCUUCAAACAUCCAAGUGAUUUUGAAAAGCUCAUUCAAGAUCCUUACACCCAGGUGUAAGAAUUCCUCUCCUGAUCAUGCAUCAUUUUAUAUUUGGUUCUGCUUCCCUAAAUAUAAAACAAAGGUGCCUACUGUCCAUGGUUAUUCACUUGUGUGUUUUACUCACCGUGUCAUAAGUCUUCUGGAGAGCCAAUCGCUGAUGCAUUCAUACUGGCCUAGAAAAGGAAUGAGAAAGUUUCCUCGGCAUCGCUGAAUAAGUAUUUUAAUUUUAGAAGGUUGAAUAAUACUUGACUAUAACAGUUUCUCUAUCUUUGGGAAGGCGUGGCAGUUCUCAGUUAAGGCCAACUUUUCCCCAUAAAUGCCGUUGGGUUAUCACAACCCACUAUGGGUCCACACUGUCAGCUGACACACACAUCAGAAGAGUGUACCAGGAUGUGUACAGAAACCCUGAUUCCUAGCUUAUUCCUAGUCUUUGGGAAAUCUCAGAGAGAGAGAGAGAGAGACGACUCUAUUAUUAAUACUAAUUGGCUUUUUUUGUCAAUGUUUCCUCUAAGAUCUGGGAGGAAGAACGUGUUGGAGAAUGUCUUUUCCAUGCCUUUUGUGCUUCCACUUUGGGAUCAAGAUAUUCAACUGAGGUGGGACUGGGAUGCCUGGCUCUUGAACUUUGGGUCCAGUUCAUUCCUAGGAGUCUCCCUUCCAGUUCUGAAGAAGGCUGUGGGGUCUUGAUGUUCCUUCUUGGUUGUGGUGAUUGCUGAUUCAUUUCUUUGGCCAAAGAAACUAUGGUACCAGAGGGAGCAACCUGUGAUUGUAUUUCAUAACCUGUGUGUGUGUGUGAGAGAGAGAGAGAGAGGGAGAGAGAGAAAUUGGACAUUGUUUUUAAGGGAGGGUGAGUUAAGCAAAUAUUUAUUAUUAUAGAUUGGUGAAGGAACAGCCUUCACUAUUCCUAUGAAUACACUUCUGUAGGUGAACCCAAAAGUGUUUUUUUCAAGAGGCAACUGGUCUGUCUUUCCUUGAAGAUGUUUCACUUCUCAUCCAAGAAGCUUCUUCAGUUCUGAAGGAAAGCCCAAGAAAGUCCAGUUGCCUCUUGAAAAAGCACUUUGGGGACAACCAUGCGCUGGAUGAUGGAGAAGCUCUGUAGACAUUAUGUAGGUAAAGUUAGUUAUCUAAAAAAAAUUGUCACUAGUAUGCACUCCAUUUUUCUUUUGCUCAAAGACUAACGCGAAUGAUAUCUUUUCAGAAUAAUGUACGCAAACAGGCACACAAACAAGCAACAUAUACAGAUAUAUUACCAGUCUUAAGGCAUGAAAUAAUCGAUGCUCUGCCUUGGAGCAUAAUAUCAGAUGUCUACUCGAAUCACUCCACUGUUUCUCUUCUUCACGAUUUGAUUUGAAGCCUAAUCCUUAAAUUGUUGCAAAGACUAUAAUUACUAUGGAGUAGAGCUAUGCAAAUGCAAAUCCUUGAAAUAACAAGAAGUCAAUAGUUAGUGGAGAUAAAAAAAGAAAGAAAGAAAGAAAAGAAAGAAAGAAAGAAAGAAAGAAAGAAAGAAAGAAAGAAAGAAAGAAAGAAAGAAAGAAAGAAAGAGAAAAAAAAGGAAAAAAAUAUUACCACUAUUUACAGAAAGAAAACUAGAUGCAUGAAAUAUAUGAAAAGUUGCUGAAAUUAGAACUUUCAUGAAAGAUUAUUUGGAUUUUUUAGAAAAAGACUCAAAACUAUAAAUUGUUAAAUGUUUUUUUUUUAAUGUAGAGUAACAUUCUAUUCCUGAGAGAUUGUAUUUUAUCGAAGCCAAACAAGAUUUUACUAGAAAAUUUCUCUCCCUCAUUGUCUCUCUUUCUCUGUAAGAGUGAAUACAUGUGCAUACAAAGACACAAACAUACCCACAAUCCGUUAUGCUACUACUGUUUUAUUCCAUUUGUGUUGUACAAGUCUGUGAGUUGGGUCAGGGGUGGGACAAGUGGAUAUUGUAGACAAUUCAGUGUGUUAAGGGCUAGGGGUAAUCUUGGAAGUGAAUUCUAAGUGAAGAAUGUAGUUGUGCAAAAAAAAAAACAGUUCCAAUGUAGAUGUCGGAAUUGGGGGUGGAUUACUUUCAGAGGCUGUUGUGCAAAAAUAGGGGAUUUUCUACACAAGCCCUGCUGAAAUGCACAGGAGCCUCUCAAGGACAACUUAAUACACACCUGACAUUUCAGUGGCACUCGUGUAAGAAUUCUUUUUCUGAUGAAUUAUCCUCUUUAUUUGGUGUGUCAGAUCUUAGAACAGUGGUUGAAUGUACUUAGUGUUGCUAACUGUUCUGGGCAAAGCAAUGUUUUUACAGAUGAUUUUUUUUAAAAAAAGAUUUAUGUUUAAAAUAUACAUAAAUAAUAGGCGGAAGUUGCAUUGAAGAAAGUAGGCAGUUUUCUGGAUAGGUUUGAGCCAUUCUACUAAUAUUAUUAAAAGACAAAAAUUAUGCAAAAAGUUUAGCCUUUCUUCUAUAGAGCAAAAGAGAUAAGGGAAAGUUUGUAAGCAAACAAUACCGAGGUGUUCUCAUACUUUGUAAUAAUUCACUUAAAACAAAUAUAUUUCAAAGGGCUAAUGAAUGAAUAAAACAUGAUCCGCUCGUGUUUACAGAGAAGUUGUGUUGUGUGUGCGUGGUAGAUGUUUUGCAGCACAUCUACUGGACGUUUUGCAGCCAGUCAUAACCGAAGGGUCAUGAGAAGCUAAAGUUGAACUGGGAAGCAAAGUUUUUCUCUCAGGCUGGUGCCUGGUGCCCUUCUCCACCUUCAGUUAAUUACUCAUUGUUGUUCUUGCAAAAUAAGUAACAACAGCAACAAUAAUGGCCAGGCUAUUUCCUUGGACAACAUGUCAUGCUUUCACUUUCAAUGCCUCUGUAAUUUUCCCCAUCAUUCCUAACUGAAAUAUCUAAAAUGGGAAAAAAAUGUGAAAGGAAUUUGCAAGAUGACAAAUGAAAGGUGAUGUGUUUGGUCCUCCCCAUAACAUUCUGGAAAGGCGAUAGAGCUAUUGUGUACGUGUUGUGUAGCAAUAGCUCCCGUAACCCUGUAUGCCAAUUCUUCUAACUCUAUGGAUUCCUCUAACUUGGCAUGUUUCAACCUUGGCAACUUGAAGAAGUGUGGGCUUCAAUUCCACAAAUUCCCAUAAUGUCAAAGUGGGAGGACCCUUUCUAAUUCAACCUGAAAUCUCAUUCUCCAGAUAGGAGAGGGGAGGAAUUCAAAUUCUACAGGAAAAUAUUGUGCAGUUACAUGCACAUUCCAAAAGUCAGUCUCUCCCUUUG